AUGCUCCAGCUGAAACAGAUAUCAAAGGUGUUGACACAAGGAUUGAGGGCUGCUUCAGUCAAGACGUCCACCUCGUCGCCGUUUGCAAUUUCGUUACUUUCGAAGUCCGGGUUGCCGCUCACUACUGUCACGUCGCUUGACGAAGCCGUUUCGGAGAUAUCCACAGAUAACUUGAAGAUCUAUUCGUUGCUAGCUGUGAACAAUUUCCAGCUGGAAAAUGUUGAGGAUUGGACGUUGCUCGAGUUUGAGUUUGGUAUUAAGGCUAUCAUUGAAAAGGUGAAGUACGACUCGGAGCAGGACCAGGAAGACCAGGAGAGUACACUUUAUGUGGUUGUUUUUUAUAACGGAGACUUUCCAGAUGCAGUAGCGAAGUUGAAGCUAGACAACAUCAAUGCGGCAUUGAGUGAGGGGCUCAAAGGGUACCGCAGAGAGUAA